GCUGCAGUGCAUUUGAGUCACCUGUCACCUAACAGUUCAAAUCAUGGAUACGUUUUCAACGAUGAGUCACCUCAAUGCGAUCUUAAGAUUAGUUAGUCUCUCUUGUAUUGUUCGUGACAGGAGCACUCUGAGACAUUCUUGGUCCUUCUACAAGGCCUCAUUCCAUGUUAUCUUUCUCACCACCUUUACUAUUUUGAGCAUGUACUUCAAAUUUUAUUCCAUCCACGGGCUUUCUUCCUUCAGUUUCAAAGAUGCCAUUCAAUUUGUCUACUUGCUCGGCUACGUUCAGUACCUUAGCGAUUUGUACUUCGUCUAUAAGUACAGACAGCUGUAUUUGGACUAUAUCAACAUGUAUGACUACAUCGAUAGAAUUCUUGGCAUCAACUACAUCAGCAUAAUCAAGUCUAGAGUCACAAAAAUCUGCUUAGUCUUUCUUAUCUUCGAUUUGUGCUGCAGUGUUUUUGACUACACCUCCUGGAUAUUCUUUUACGGUUGGCUUAUUCCUACACUUUACUCUGUCGAAUACGUUUUUUACCUUUUUAAAAAUUUGAGUAUCGCUGAUAUGGCUGCGAAUAUGUAUCAACUUGAAUAUCGACUCCGGGCGAUUGGAGACUUAUUAGAAAACGAUAAAACAAGUACUAUUACUGUGAAGUCAGUUCAUAAAGAUAUUAAAUUGACGGUCGAUGCUUUUGAUCAUAAGGCUUAUAAGUUAGAUUUAGCGGCUCUCAAUCAAGAUCGACCAGAGGUGAUAUUGGGGAUCUCAAGAUGUUACCUUCUACUUUUAGAUCAAGCUGACUGUAUUAAUACGAUGUAUGGUUUAAGAAUAUUGGUGACCAGCAUUAUAAUUUUAAUAACAUUCAUAAUGUCACUUAACAUUAUUAUCCGUUUGGUUCUGGGCUCUAUGAGAGUGGAAAAUCAAAUCGUUAAGUGCUUAAUCAUCUUUUCGACAAUUUUUCGAGUUUUUGGCAGUUGUUUUGUCGUCAAUUGCGGCAUCCAUCGCUUCGAGAGGUGCUACAGAGAGUCAGAGAGGAUUAUUCGAAUCAUUGAUCACAAUCUAAUCAACAGAAAUAUUUCUCCCUCCACCCACCGGGCUCUCCAUGAUCUCAGAGACCUCAUUCUCUCCAGGCCUCUGAACUUCCACGCGCACAACUUCUACCGUCUCGACUACACCUUCCUUGUGUCUGUCAGCUCUGCCACCGUCACAUACACUAUCAUACUGUUGCAGAAUAUGCAGUGA